AACCAUCGCUUUGUUAUUGAGGAAGCUAUCAGAGCUACCAUUCCUGCCGCCUCUGGCCUCAGAAAAGAUGAAGUCUGGCAUAAGGUCAUCAUUCACGGCAUCCCAACCACCACCACCUUCCCCACAGUCCAGGCAGAGAUUGAAGCUUUCAACCCUGGCACCCACCUCCCCCGCCCUCCCAGAUGGCUCACCACUGAAGCCCAACGCCAGAACAAGGCUGCAUCAGCCAUGGUUCUCACGAUUGCAGGCAAAGACCCCACAGACAAAGCCCUCAGCAGAGGCCUCUCCCUCUUUGGCAGGAAGUUUAAGGUGCAAAGUUACCUCACCUUUGGUCCUGACACCCAAUGCUCUAGAUGCUUGAAGUUUGGCCACCAUCCAACCCAAUGCACCAAGACCCCACACUGCCCGAUCUGUUCACAGGAACAUCCAGCCCACCUCCAUACUU